ACAAGUUCUAAACUGAGUUGCCGCUAAAAAGGAGCGGAUUGUAAACAAAUAAUAUUAAAAUGGAAAUACAGAAAACGCAAAUUGUGGAAGUUAUAUCGUAUAAAAAUAAAUUAGCUUUAUUUUGCAUUGAUAUAGUGCCACGUUUAACCAAAUAUUUUUGUGGUCAAAAUGCUCUACAUAGUACACGGUGGUUGCAUUUGGAAGAUUGGGCUACUUUGGAUGAAUGUCUUCAAAAUAUAAUAGAUAAGUACUUAGAAUCAAAAAAAAGUACUCAGCUUCAUGAAAAGUUUUUACUUAAUACUACUAUAGAAGUUGAGAUUAAGAAGCCUGAAAUUACUACUGAAACAUUGUGUAAAUUGUUUAAUGAUAAGAAAAUAAACAAAACAGAUAUAUUUAUUACAUUACACUGUACUGUUAAACAUAUAGAUGAUCUUGCUAUUAAAAGACUGGAAGUCCACGAGGAUCAUGAAUAUCAGCCACAAAUUGUUAAUAAAAGCAACGACUCGAACUCAAAAAAUACACUCAAUUAUGUACCAUACAUUCCCUCAUCUUUAGACAGCACUUGUACUGCACUAAAAAAUGUCGGAACUGAUGUAAUUGAGGAGGAAUAUACGCCAAAACCAAUACAAAGCAUAAAUACUGAGGAUACAAACUUGGGUUUAAAUGCAAUACCCAGCUAUAAUCCAGCACGCAUCUGUACGACAACAGACGUUGAACAAAAAUUAAAUAGCAAAACAAAAGAAGAUGAUGAGGAAAUUGCUGAGUCCACGUCGGAAUCUAAGUAUGAAGAACUUAAAACUAAGAAAUUAAAACUGAAACGAAGAAGAGAUGAACGCAAAAUACGUAGCUCAAGCAAUUCGGAAUUUAAACAUGGUGACCUUGGUAUAAAUAAGAAUUUAAGAAAAUCAAGUCGAGAGAAAAAAGCUGUACCGACAUAUAUUGAAGGUGAUUAUACAGAAGACAGCAUUGUAAAAGAAUGUUUACCGCAAAGCAAAACACAUUUAAAAAAAGAACUUAAUUUUAAAAGCAAUAGUUCCGAUAGACGUACGAAAACCUCUUCAAGUCGAUUGCUUCAAUCAAGUCACAAUAAAGAAAAGAGUAAACUGCAAGCAGACCUUUUUGGCUCUGAUGAUAAUGAUGAUGAGCAAGCAAAUAUAUGCAUGGAAGGUAUUAAAAGUAAAAAAAGAAAAUAUAAGCAGUUAGGCUCUGAUAAUAAUAAACCGAAAAGAGUGAAUUACGAACAGCAAACCUGUGAGAGCUCUAGUUCGAAAAAUUCUAAAAAUUUAUUAGAUUCUAACAUCCAACAGCACCAACAGCAAGAGAGUGUAAGGCUUCCCACUAAAGAUACAUACGACUAUAAAGAGAUCCUAAAAGAAUUGGUUCGACCUCCAAAACAAGUUGAGACAUUAAAUUUAAAAGAUAUGACUUUAGAUGAUAUUCAAAACACUUUGUUGGAAUAUAAGCCGAUGCUUGAUAUAAUCUUUGAGAAAUUAAAAAACAAAAGUUUUGUAAGAAGCUUUAAUGGUAUAAGCCAUUCCACAGUUAUAUACCUCAUGGAAGAUAAAAUACAAGGAAAGCUGAUGGAGAUUCUUGCUAAUAUGUAUGAUAAAGACCAUAAUUCGCAUGCGACUGUAUUUUUAAAUGGUUUGUUACCAGAAUGGAUUUUGUUAAUAUUUAUGAAAAAAUUUCAACUCUCACGAGAUGCAGCUGUUUCACAUGUUGAAGCCCAGGAUGACUAUAAUUCUUAUAUUAAUAUGAAAUCUGAUGAAUCCUUUUAAAAUGUUCUGUUACAAC